CCGGACAACAUCGCUAUCAAAUACGACAUUGGGCCGAGGACCUGGAGGAGCGGAAGAAGCGAUUGAGCUACUCAUCGUUGGUGUUGAAGAGGCGAGUCCUUGUCGUGACACGAGACAAUGAAACUUUAUGGAUUUCAUGGAGAAACUGAUCAUGUAGUAGAAGAGAGUCUUCACACUUGAACGAUCUUGUUGACGUAGCUGAGGAAACUUAGUGCCUGUCAUAUUUGAAGAUAAUUUUCGUUGCAAUCGAAGAAAGAAAGCUGAAGAAGAGGUUUUUGGAGAAGAAAAUCAGCUUGGACGUUGAUCGUCGGUUGGCGAUCGUGAUUCAAAUUGUGAAACAGUCGUCAUUUCCGACUGUUGGCGUCUGCAUUUUCAGGAUGGAUGGGCCGGCAGUGCUGUCGAUGCCGCCGCUGCCGACAUCUUCGCAGAAAUCGGCACAAUCACCGCAACCGCAAUCCCAUCCAAAACAGAAUCAGGAGUUGCAGGUGGGUACCGUGUCGCUUUACGGGAUCCACAUCGUGUCGCUGGUGAUCGAGGGCCAGGAGAGGCUGUGUCUCGCGCAGAUCAGCAACACCCUGCUGAAGCAGUUCAGCUACAACGAGAUCCACAAUCGCCGAGUGGCGUUGGGUAUCACCUGCGUGCAGUGCACGCCGGUGCAGCUAGAAAUACUUCGUCGUGCGGGCGCGAUGCCGGUGUCUUCGCGUAGAUGCGGCAUGAUUACUCGUAGAGAGGCGGAACGUCUCUGCAAGUCCUUCCUCGGCGACAACGCACCCCCUAGAUUGCCCGAGGACUUUGCGUUCUCCGUUCACCACGAAUGCGCCUGGGGUUGCCGUGGCGCAUUUUUACCUGCCCGUUACAACAGCUCGCGCGCCAAAUGCAUCAAGUGCACGUACUGCGGCCUGUUCUUCUCGCCGAAUAAAUUCAUCUUCCACUCGCACCGUAUCGGUCCAUCCGACAAGUACGUGCAACCGGACGCGGCCAACUUUAACUCGUGGCGUCGUCACAUGAAGCUAUCAGGCAGCCCACCGGACGAGGUGGUGCACGCCUGGGAGGACGUCAAGGCGAUGUUCAACGGUGGCACCAGGAAACGUCUGCUGGGUAACUCGAACAGCCCCCGGGAGUCGCCGAGUCCGGCCAAACAACCCAGAUCAUCGCCGAACACAACCGCUCAGAUUCCCACUCUGAUGCCGACACCGGCGCACCCACGCGUACCGCCAUUUCCGGAACUACCCCUGCCGCUGUCCCGCAGCCUCGUCAUGGACUAUGUGUGGCAUCAGCAUCAACAAGCGGCGGCGGUCGCCGCGGCCAAGACACCCAGCCCGUUCGCCUUCCCGCCUUACGCUCUGCCCUGGCUGACCAAGCGGAGUCCCGUCCUAUUUCCCGGACCGCUACCGCCGCCCAUAAGCGAUACCAGCCCCACGGAACCUUUGAUUCCAACCGUCAAUCCAACUUUACAUCAAUCUGCAUUCCGUCCGGUGAUUCGCGGGCCACCCAUCGUCGAGCCAGCGGUCAUUCCGGAACGGCCAACAGAUAUAAGCCAGAAGGAAGACAACUCCGACGACGAGGUCGACAUCGAGACGACGGAGGACGACCCGGUGACGCCGCUCAACGCGAGUCUUCAGAAUCUUCACUCAGCCUCGAAUUCCGCCAUGAGCAGCCACAGCGGACGGAGUACGUCGCCCCAAUGCUGGAGCCCUCCUCGAGAAACGGAACGAGAGGCUGAAAAGAUUGCCGAAGAAACCGCGGCUCUACGUGACGUGAAGACGGAAUUGCCGCCGGCGAGAAGUCCCGAGAGCUGGCACGGUAACGCUUACUAUCGACAUCUCAAUGUUUUGAAGGGGAACGAACCAGGAGCGGAAAGGGCGGGUACCGAUUGCUCGGCUUGUCGUCCUUCACGCGGUAUAUUUUACGGCCAAGUCCACAGUCCGUCCGCGCCGACUAAUUAAUCGAGCUGGCUGGCUGAAUUAAUCGACACGCAGAAGCAGCAGUGCACGAGGAGGAGGAGGAGAAGAUGACGGAAGAGAUGGAGGACACAUUUAGCCCGAGCCGUUCCGUAAGCUUGCGACACGUCCGUUGCCUUAAAGCACACUCAUCGAUCUCUUUAUUCUCGAAUUUAAGGGCUCGACGCACAACAACGAUCUGACGUGCUUUCUUAAAACCCUGAGGAAAU